GAAAUUAGUUUAGUCAUCUCCCAAUCAGAGCGGUCGUCGGAUGUUAAUUUUGUGACAAGUCAAAAUUAAAAUUCACCCGCGAAGCGUAGAUCAUGUCGAAUCUGAAUGAGGAAUCGUUGCCAGAAAAUGAAAAGUUUUAUGGCGAUGCUAAGCAAUUUUGGGAAGAAAUGCCAUCCACAGUUGAUGGGAUGCUUGGCGGUUAUGAAGAAGUGUCACCGACUGAUUUGAACGAAUCGAAAACUUUUCUUCGGUCACUUAUAAAGAUUGGGAAGAGCAAAGGACAGACAGGUCGUGUGAGAGCUUUAGAUUGUGGCGCAGGCAAUGGUAGAAUCACCAAAAGAUUACUCCUGCCAUUGUUUAAAAAUGUGGAUAUGGUUGAAUUGGAGCAGAAAUUUCUUGAUACAGCUAAAACAUUUAUUGGAGCAGAGGUUGGAAGAGUUGAAAAGUUUAUUUGUUCAGGCCUUCAAGAUUUCUCCCCAGAUCCUUGUCAUUAUGACUUAAUCUGGUGUCAGUGGGUAGUGUGUCAUCUAACAGAUGACCACCUUAUUGCAUUUUUGAAACGAUGUCAAACAGGACUUGCUCCCAACGGCAUUAUUGUGAUGAAAGAAAAUGUUAGCAUAUCGGACAAGACUGAAUUUGAUUCUAAUGAUAGCAGUUUUCUAAGAACAGAAGAACACUAUGUGGAUAUAAUAAAUAAAGCUGGUCUCACUAUUGUGAAGCAGCAAAGACAGAAAAAAUGGCGGAAGGAUUUGUUUGCUAUGGUUAUGAUUGCUGUAAAAUGACAAGGGUUCUAGUAUUUUGUGGAUUAGGCUUAAAAGCAGUUGGAGCCAAAGUGUUUGUUUUCUUGUAAGAAUGUAACAUUUUUGUAAAUUUUUUACAUACUUCUUGUUGACAGUAUAAAAAUUAUACUGUCAACAAGAAGUAACUGUAUGUACAAAAUUUACAAAAAAUGUUACAUUUUAUUUUUUGUGUAGAUAUUUAUUGUAGAGUAGUUUAAUACCAAAUGUUUUCUGUUUCAGACAUCAUGGCUUGAAAUUUAAUUAUUAAGUAUUGAAUGACUUGUACAUGUGUUGAUGGAUUCAGAAAGUGUCGGUUCAAUGUUAUACUUUAAAGUUUUUGUAAUUUUCAAGCAAAGCUUUACCGCUAUGAGUCUUCUAUAAUAACCUUAAUAAUGUUAUGUCCUUUAAUAAAUUAUGACUAGAAUAACAUGUCCUCUAGGCUCUUUAAGUAAAUGAUUGUCAGUAAUGAUUUUUGUUAACAUGGCAAAGGAUUAUGUUCUUAAAAAGUGAGUGGUUAUGUCCUAAAUAAGUUAUGAUUUAUGUUUAUUUGAGAGGCUUUGCUCCUAAUAAGAUAUGAUAUAUAUAUGAUAAUGAUUAAUAUGAGAGAUUAUGUCCUUAGUAAUUGGGAGGUUAUGUCCUUAGUAAGUGAGAGGGUAUGUUUUUAGUAAGUGAGAGGUUAAGUUUUUAGUAAGUGAAAGGUUAUGUCCUUAGUAAGUGAGAGGUUAUGACCUUAGUAAUUGAAAGGUUAUGUCCUAAAUAAGUGAGAGGUUAUGUCCUAAGUAAGUGAGAGGUUAUGUGACAUAAUGUCCUUAGUAAAGGAGAGGUUAUGUGCUUAUUGAGAGCAUAUGUUCUUAAUGACUGAGGUUAUGUUCUUAUUAAGUGAGAGGUUAUGUCCUUAUUAAGUUGUUACGUAUGAGAAAUUGUGAUGAACGGAUUUGUCAUGAAUGAUUUAUGAUAUAAUGAGAGAUUAUGUCCUUGAUAAGGUAUGAUUUAUGAUAAGAAUGUAUGCCCUCAUGAUUCAUAAUGUUAUGUUCUUAAAAGUUGUGAUACCAUGAUGAGGGAAGUUGUGGCAAUAUGUUGUAUGGUAACAUGUUAAAUUAACUUUCAUGCAAUGUUGCAUAUAUUGGAAUAUUUGUUACUAAUGAAAAUAUUUCUUUUAAGAAUUCACAAUAAAGAUAAAGAUGUUCAUAA